AUGGAGGCAGAGAAAUUAGAGGCAGAUGUUGUGAUCUACAACACAGUCAUUGAUGGUCUCUGCAAAUACAGCAUCCGGAUGAUGCACUCGAGUUAUUCAAUGAAAUGGAGAACAAAGUCUAAGAGGGUAGAGGAUGGCAUGGAACUCUUCCGUGAGAUGUCUCAAAGAGGAUUGGUUGGAGACACAGUCACUUACAACACUCUUAUCCAAGGGUUUUUCCAAGCUGGAGAUUGUGAAAUGCCCAACAAGUUUUCAACAGAUGGUUUCUGGUGUGCCUCCUGA